CCUACAAGCCCCCCUCACGCUCUGGCCUCGCCCUCGCGCCAGGUUUGAAGAUUGGCCCCGCCUGCUGCUGCGACUCACCCGCUUCCGGCAGUGGCGCGGGUUUCUGAAAAUAAAAGGACAGAGACCUUAAGGCCUCUCGAGACCCGAGGGGCAGAGAGAAGGGAGUCAAAGGCGGGGCCAAUCAGAUCUCCGGGAGGAAGGGGACAAGUCUGCGACCCUCGCAGAGAGGACCAGUGUUUGGCAGUCCUUUCUUCGCUGCAAUAGAACUGAAGAGACCCCCUCCGGAUCCUACCAGUGGUUCAGACCAUACUUACUGAGUUGUCUCAGAGGUGGCAGAAUUUGAUCUGGGCCUUGAAGAGGAAGAAUUUGGGAAAGGCAAGUGAAGCGUUCCAGUCUUUUAGGAUGAACCUAUUUUUCCUUCCCGGGAAUGUAUCAUCUGCCAAUGAGUUUGUGUCAUUGCAAGGUUUUCUGCUAAAAUUCAAGAGAGUAUUUAUCAACGUGAUAAGCACAAGUACUGGAAAGGCAUUGCCAAAGAACUGAUAGAAGCCUUAAACAGGAAAGGAUAUAGUUUCCUAACUUCUGAUCCAAUGGAGAGAAAAUGGAAAGCAAAACUGAAGCAAAUUGAGGAACGAGCAGCUCAUUAUGAGAGGAAACCACUGUCCUCAGUGUACAGACCAAGACUGUCCAAGCCGGAAGAGCCGCCUUCCAUUUGGAAGUUAUUCCAUCGGCAAAUUCAGGCUUUUAAUUUUGUUAAAAGCUGUAAAGAGGAUGUUCAUGUAUUUGCUUUGGAAUACAAAGUGGGUGAUGGACAACGUAUUUACCUGGUAACAACCUAUGCUCAACUUUGGUUUUAUUAUAAAUCCCGAAGAAAUCUCUUACACUGCUAUGAAGUGAUUCCUGAAAAUGCUGUCUGCAAGCUUUACUUCGAUUUGGAAUUUAACAAACUUACAAAUCCAGAAGCUGAUGGGAAAAAGAUGGUUUCAUUGCUCAUUGAGCAUGUUUGUAAGGCACUUCAAGACCUAUACAGGGUUAACUGUUCAGCCGAAGAUGUUUUCAACUUGGAUUCUAGCACUGAUGAAAAAUUUAGCCGCCAUUUAAUAUUUCAGCUGCAUGAUGUGGCAUUUAAAGAUAACGUUCACGUUGGUAAUUUUGUGAGAAAAAUACUGCAGCCUGCCUUUCAUUUAAUAGCCAGUGAAGAUUAUAGUAUUUCAGAGACCACGGGUCAUGAAUUUUCCCUUUUUUCUGAAACACCAGUUAAACAAGGAAUUUCCUUUGGCAAAAUAUCCCCAGAUAAGGAUGGAGGAGAGAGCUGCACCUUGAAUUCAAAGGCACUGGAGAGGCCGGAGCCCGCUAAGCAAAGCAGUCCUGAUCUGUCAUUUUUGGUUGUGAAGACUAACACGGGAGAAAAGCAACUUUUUGUAGACCUGGGAGUUUAUACGAGAAAUAGAAACUUCCGGCUAUACAAAUCAUCGAAGAUAGGGAAGCACGUGGCUUUGGAGAUUGCUGAAGAUAACAAGUUCUUCCCUAAACAUUCAGAGAAUAUUUCUGAAGAAAAUCAGUAUUUCCUGUCUUCUUUGGUCAGCAACGUCAGAUUCUCAGAUACUUUACGAAUUCUGACAUGUGACACAUCUCAAAAUAAAGAAAAACGAAUUGAUUAUUUUAACAGCACCAGCAGUAAAGCAGAAAACAUUGAGGGUUUUCACUGUUCGCCGUACCCUGAAAUUGAUCAAUUUGUUCUUUCUUUGGUGAAUAAAAAUGGCAUUCAAGGAGGAAUUCGGCGUUGGAGCUACUUCUUCCCGGAACAGUUACUGGUUUAUGAUAUUUGUAAAUAUCGCUGGUGCGAAAACAUCGGAAGGGCCCACAAAAGCAAUAACAUCAUGAUUUUGGUGGAUUUGAAAAAUGAAGUUUGGUAUCAAAAAUGUCAUGACCCUGUAUGUAAAGCAGAAAACUUCAAAUCAGACUGUUUUCCAUUACCUGCUGAAGUUGGUCUCCUGUUUCUUCUCAAGGAGGAAGAUUUCACAGCUGCCGAAACAAUGACCAGCGAAACCAAGAAUCCUCAUAAACCACCAUCUAGUACGUUAGCGAACGGUGUAGUUUCUCAUGCUGACUGGGAUAAUGGCAUUGAUGAUACUUAUUUUUUGGAAGCUGCUGAGGACGCCGAAUUAGCAGAAGCUGCAGAGAAUGGUCUUCUCCGUUACUAUAGUGGAGCGGAUGAAAUUCCUGAUGAACUAAUUAUGCAAGUAUUACAAGAGUAAUUAACUCUGGACUGGUAUAUAUCCAGGCUGUAAUUUUGCCUGAAGAUGAUUUAAUAACAUAAAUAUAUUAUAGUAACUUUUUAUUAAACCUAUUUAUGUCAACUGUUU